AUGGCCUGCACUGAAAAACUAGACAGGACUCAGGUGCCCCUAGACUACAGCCUGCACUGGCCAGAAGGCUUGAAGGGCGAAGAGAUAAAGAAGUGCAGCCGAGAAGGGGUAACACAGAGUAAAUACAACCAGCAGUACCACAAGCUGUUUAAGGACAUCCCUUUGGAGGAGGUGGUUCUCAAAGUGUGCUCCUGUGCUCUCCAAAAGGACUUCCUGCUCCAGGGCCGGCUCUACAUCUCCCCCAACUGGCUCUGCUUCCAUGCCAGCCUCUUUGGCAAGGAUAUCAAGGUAGUCAUUCCUGUGGUAUCUGUGCAAAUGAUCAAAAAACACAAGAUGGCACGACUUCUUCCAAAUGGACUGGUCAUCACAACCAACACCAGUCAGAAGUAUGUGUUUGUGUCCCUGCUGUCCCGGGAUAGUGUGUAUGAUAUGUUAAGGAGGAUCUGCACCCACCUACAGCCUUCCAGCAAGAAGAGCCUGAGUGUGAGAGAGUUUCCUGAGGAACCUGAGUGCGAGUCUCUGGAAGUCCUCAUUCCCGAGAUGAAAUGGAGAAAAGUGUGCCAUGCCUCCAGGUCCCUGUCCCUCCCAGACAACAUCCCUUGUAUCUCUCGGGCAUCUGUGGGCUCCAGGGACAACUUCUUCCCCUCCAGGAAGCCACCAGGAUUUGGUGAGUUCAAGAGUGCUUGUCUACGUAUCAAGGAGGGACAGGGAGACUGGCAUUUCGGGGUGGGGCUGGGCUCUUCCCUGCCCCAGAAGAUGCCUAACUGCUCUUUCAUUGCAGACGAUGCUGUCUGUGAGGAGGACACACUGGAGGAGGAACUCAAGAGUGACGAUGAGCUGAGGCUCUGGGAUUACCGGCUCCUCAAGGUCUUCUUUGUGCUCAUUUGCUUCCUGGUCAUAUCCUCAUCCUACCUGGCAUUCCGCAUCUCCCAGCUGGAACAGCAGCUAUGCUCCCUGAAUUGGAAUGGGCCAGUCCCUGGGCACAGGUAA